UUCUGCUACGAUUGUCCGGCGCAUGGUGUCUCUGCCGGUUUCGAGUUCGACUAGAAUGCGUGCCGAACUUACUACGUAGUAUUCCCACAAGGUUCCAACACAACCCUGGCACCGCCCACAUGCACUCGCUAGUAGUGCGUCGGCUGGUUCCACUCGAUCGAAUGCCCGGCCUCCACGAGGGACCGCUGGAGGCGCCGGGCGUGGUCCCUCCCGUGGAGCUCCACCACGCAACGGACCCUCACCCGGUCGACGCUGCUGUGCAGCCAGGCGCGCUCGUGGUACAGGUCCUUGAUGGAGGCCCCCUGCCCGCGGAGGACCUUCGUCAGGCCCUCGAUGCCCCCCGGCCGGUCCGAGACCUCCGCGGUAAAGCUGCACAGCCGGGCGUCGGAAGCCAGGCCCCGCUCCAGGACCCGGCCCAGGACCGCCGUGUCGAUGUUUCCGCCGCAGAGGGGGACCACGACGUUCUUUCCGACAAUCUCCGGCCUCCCGGAGAGGGGUCCUCCCGGCAGCAGCGCCGCCAGCCCGGUGGCCCCCCCGCCCUCGACGACGAUCUUUUCGUUCUCGAUCAGGCGCAGGACCGCGAGGCUGAUGGCCCGCUCGUCGACCAGGACGCAUUCGUCCACGUGCUGCCUCGCCAAAGCAAAGGCGUGGGAGCCGACCUCCGGGACCGCGAGCCCGUCCGCCAGCGUCGUUUGGUUUUGGUUCUUGUGUCUGCUUCGGCCGGACGCCGAAACGUCAAAGGGGUGGCCCUUCCGCAGGGCUUCCGUGUACGACGCACAGCGCUCCGGUUCCACGCCAACCACCCUGGUACAGGGCUUGAGGGUCUUGACCGCACACGAUACCCCCGCAAUCAACCCGGCGCCGCCCACCGGGACCACCACGACGUCGGCGUCCGGAACGUCCUCGACGAUUUCCAUUCCGAUCGUGCCGGCGCCCGCCACGAUCGGAGGGUCGUCGUAGCCGUUGACAUAGGUGAGGCCUUCCCUCGCCGCCAGUUCCUCGGCAACCGUCUUGGACUCCCCGAUGUGCAAUCCCUCCACUAGAACGGUGGCACCGAACUGCCGGCACCGGUCUACCUUGAGGAGGGGUGCCACCGUUGGCAUGACCACCGUGACCGGAACCCCGAGCUGCUUUCCGUGGUAGGCCAGCGCGAGAGCGUGGUUUCCCGCCGAGGCAGCAAUCACUCUGGGAGACUCUUGCUCCUUGAGCAGAGAAAGAAUGGCGUUUCGUGCCCCUCGUUCCUUGAAGCUUCCCGUGAACUGGUGUACCUCGGGUUUGAGGAAAAUGUUGGCCCGGCAGAGUUCCGAGAGGAAAAAGGACUGGGUGCAUUUCGUGCGCCGGAUUCCACUUCGGAUGGCAACCAUCGCCCGCGAGAUGUCUCCAAAGUCGACCAGGCGAUCUGGCGUGGUGUUCGUUCUUGCUUUGCGGCUGUUCUGGCCCGGGUGUUUUUGUUUUUGUUCCUGCUUGCAGUCAUCUCCGGCCUUGGUGGUUGGCGGUUGGUGGUUGUGCUUGGUCGUCUGUUCUGUUGGAUGCAGAAUUUCUUUGGGACCGCCACGGAUGGCAUCCUUGUAGCUUGGUUGUUUGGCCUUGACUUGGAUCGGGCUGUUGCUGUUGCUGUGGCUGUGGCUGUGGCCUUGGCGGUGGCCGAGGCUAUCAUCGUCACCAACGAUAGCCGGAGCUGUUGAAAAUCGGCGAACGCAAGGGCCCUUGCCUCGACCCUCCAAGUCAAGGAUCGAUCUAAGGCGCAACAUGCUGUUGCACGUGCUGUUAAACGUUCUGUUACACAUGCCACUCGUGUUCGUUCGAAUCCGAACGAGUGCUGGAUUCGUUGCCGAUAAACCCGCCAUUUUCCU